UUAUAAGAACUCGAUAAUUAUCUCCUUUGUUUUCGUACCUUUUUCGUUCCGGAUAGUUCUCUCCUCCAAAUCGUUACUCCUUAGCUGUUAUACUCUGAACCUUCUUAAUAAACCCAAACUGAGUUUUCCUUCUUCAGAGACGAUUGUGUUAAAAAAAACAAACACCAUGAUUCAAGGGAGUUCUCGCAUACGCAACCUGGUUCAAUCCUUACGGUCUGCUUCUUUUUUUCCAUCCAAGUUUGUAAAUUAUCGAGGGUAUACAUCUCAGGCCGUUGCUUCUCUGCAAAUUGCUAGUCAACCAUCUGCUUACAGUGACGACGAUGAGUUGGCUGAUGUGGAUUGGGAUAAACUUGGAUUUGGUCUGACGCCUACUGAAUACAUGUACGUAAUGAAAUGUUCGAAAGACGAAAACUUUAAAGAGGGACGACUUAAUCGCUACGCAAAUCUUGAAAUAAGCCCUUCCUCUGGCGUCUUAAAUUAUGGCCAGGGCAUAUAUGAAGGCACGAAAGCUUACAGGGCAGAGGAUGGACGAAUUCUUCUGUUCCGUCCAGCACAAAACGCCAGUCGAAUGAAGCAUGGGGCUGAAAGAAUGUUGAUGCCAUCACCUUCCAUUCAACAAUUUGUUGAUGCAGUGAAAGAAACUGUAUUUGCUAACAAGCGUUGGAUUCCUCCACCGGGAAAAGGGUCACUGUAUGUUAGGCCUCUGCUUUUGGGGACUGGUCCGAUUUUAGGUUUGGCACCUGCCCCGGAAUAUACAUUUAUUGUUUAUGCUUCCCCUGUCCGCAACUAUUUCAAGGAGGGUACUGCACCUUUGAACUUAUAUAUCGAUGAAGAAUUUGUUCGUGCUUCUCCUGGAGGAGCAGGAGGCGUCAAAUCAAUCACAAAUUAUGCUCCAGUUCUGAAAGCAAUAGCGAGAGCAAAAGAAAGAGGAUUUUCUGAUGUUCUAUACCUUGAUGCCAUGAAUAGGAAGUAUCUGGAGGAAGUCUCAUCCUGUAAUAUUUUCAUUGUGAAGGGAAAUCAUAUUUCGACUCCUCCUACAAAUGGAACUAUUCUUGCAGGGGUAACUCGAAAAAGCAUCCUCGAGAUUGCUAGGGUUCAAGGUUACCAGGUUGAGGAACGGGCAAUUCCAGUGGAUGACUUGGUUGAUGCUGAUGAAGUUUUUUGCACUGGAACUGCGGUUGGAGUUGCUCCAGUAGGUAGCAUUACAUAUCAGAGCAAAAGAAUUGAAUUCAAAACAGAGGGUAGCUUGGUUUCCAAAGAACUCUACUCGACUCUGGUGGGACUGCAAACUGGUCGCAUCGAGGAUAAGAAAGGAUGGACGGUCGAGAUCCAUUAGCCUCUUCAAUUCUUAUAUAAUUUGAUGUAUCAUAUGUCAAACAGUUUAUCAAUCCAUUUGCUACACAAUUCCGUUUACAGCGUACUUGAGUUGGGAUGUGGUCUUUUUUGUACUGGCAGUAGUUGCAUAUAGCCAA